CGUUCUCGCGACGUUCAACGCGCAAAUCCCCGCACUCUGCACCGCUCACACUACAAUUUUUUGCUCAUGGAGGAGUCUCCGCACCUCAUAUCCUCUUGUCCGGUUUCGAGCAGCGCUAUCGUUCUCACUGACUUGGAGAAUAAGGUCAUUGCCGCGUCGCCCUCUGCUGAACGUCUCUUUUCUGGUUCAACGAUUGUCGGCAGGGACUGGAAUACACUUGUUGCCACAGAUUCUUCCGAUGUACCGAACCGCAAUGUUGGAUCUGUGAGAUUGAUGCGAGUGUUAGCACCGGAGGAGGACGCUGAAGAAGAUACCAGAUUCAUUCAGGUGUGCAUGCACCAAGUCGAAACAGACGGUAUUGCGUAUAGUGUCUGGUUUCUUGAAGACAUUACGGAUGUGCGAGACCUGUCACGAGCUAUUGAGGUGGAUUCCGAGGAUACCAAUGUGCGAAACGUAGAGACCCCGCCACCGACGGAAACUAUUGUGCUGCGCUUGAACUCUUUCGGUAGAAUCGUCCAAGCAUUUCCCAUGACCCAGUUUCUAGGACAUGAUACCGAGUCCCUCUUGAAUCGCUUCAUAAUGCGCUUUGUGGCUCCGGACGAUGUGGCGGAGCUAUGCAGAGGGUUGAGCCGGGCAUGCAGACCGUAUGGCUAUGCUGUGUUUAUGGUUCGCUGGACUUGGUCAGGCACAGAAGAUGGGCGGGCAGAUGGAGAUCUUGUCGAAGGGCGGGAGGGAUCUGUGGCAGUUCCCGCUGAUGAUGAAGAAGAAAAGCAAGAUUUUGAGAUGGUAUCUAAUCCUGAUGAAACGAUCACGGACGAAGCAAAUGCGGAUGAAGUUUUUGAACAAGUCAAUGCGUACAUGGCCGCACGGGCCCGAUCUCGCUCUAUCGGCCUCGCACCUGAACUUCGACCUCAUCUAUCUCCCACAUUCUCCCCUGAAAAUGUUUCUCCGCAUGAUGCCACGUCCUCUGCCAGCCCACUUGAACCUCCACUUUUCUCCACCGCAACCUCAGUCCCUCAAAGUCCUCGAUCUACCUCCCGCAGCUCCAGUAUUGCCGACCCGUCCACGCCUCUACCUACACCUCCUCCAUCGCCGUCGAAAUACCUCGACUCAGCGGUGCCUUCUCAACUGGACACAUCAUCAGAUCCUGUGCCCACUUGGGUUCAUUUUACCGUGGGCCCAUGUCCAUCGACCAACCCUGAUGAAGAAGAAGAUGAAGGAACAAGAAAUUUACUCUGUCUCAUUCAAGUCGUCCGUGCCAAUACUGGGCAAGAUAUCGACAUCGAACUGGCAGCAGCGGAUGCAGCACCCUCACAUGACGAGUGGUUCCUUACACUGCGUAACAGUGUCAAGAAGUGGACAUCCGCUGCGGGCGAAAUUGUCCAAUUUGCUUUGUGGGUUAUAUGGCGGGUAAUGAUUUUACCAAAAAUGGUUGUGGGCCGGGUUGGAGGAAUGAUAUUUAGAUGUUUAUGACGUGAAAUAGAGUUGAAGCACAAGCGUAUCUAUUUGUGAACGUUGAAAAGGGAAUGCAGAAAGCGUUCUAGGACCUGCAAAGUUGUGCAUUCUGUACGAAUACCACUUGUCUCUGUACUCUUAUCAGAAAGCAAUAGACAAGAUUACUGUUUUUGGUUGCAUACGCUGGCUGCCUCUACAUUGCUGAAUCAAAAUUGAAC